AAUAAUCCAAACAAAAUAUACUAUCAGAUUCAACAAUAAAAAAAUUUGGAAUACAAAUAAAGUAGGAGCUAACCAGCUUAACUGUAAAAUCACUGGGGUUAUUACAGUUUAUCGUGAAGCUGCUAAACCUCAGCCAAAACCUUUUUCUUUCCUUCUUUCUUGCUUGCAAACAAUGCUCUUUUGCAAAAAUGGCUCUCUCUGCUAAAACCCCACGAUUUCGUCUCCACCAACACCUUCAAAACCUUAACUCCCACUUCCCCGGAACCCACAACUCCAACAAAACUUUUACCCUCUCUUUCAAACCCCAAAAGCCACACCUUUUCUCUUCUACACUAAACCCCCCUCAAAACUCACUCAACACCGCAGCCACUACUUCAAUUACCCCUCAAAACCCAACAAACUCACGCUUGCUUCAACUAUGUCUUAGCGGGAACCUUGAACAAGCUCUGAAACACCUUGCUUCAAUGCAAGAAGCUAAAAUUCCCGUAGAAGAGGACUGCUUUGUUGCUUUGAUAAGGUUAUGUGAGAAUAAGAGAGGAUACAGUGAGGGUGAGUAUGUGUGGAAAGCUGUGUUGAGUUCAUUGGUGACCCUGUUGAGUGUUAGGCUUGGAAAUGCGUUGUUGAGUAUGUUUGUGAGGUUUGGUGAUGUGGGUAAUGCUUGGAAUGUCUUUGGGAGGAUGGGAGAGAGAGAUUUGUUUUCAUGGAAUGUUUUGGUUGGUGGUUAUACAAAAGCAGGGUUUUUUGAUGAGGCUUUGUGUUUGUAUCAUAGGAUCUUGUGGGCUGGAAUUAGGCCUGAUGUCUAUACUUUCCCUUCUGUUUUGAGGAGUUGUGCUGGGGCAAUGGAUUUAGUGAGAGGGAGAGAGGUUCAUGCUCAUGUGGUUAGAUUUGAUUUUGACAUGGAUGUUGAUGUUGUCAAUGCUUUGAUUACUAUGUAUGUAAAAUGUGGGGAUGUUGUUUCAGCGCGGAUGUUGUUUGACAAAAUGCCCACUAGGGAUAGGAUUUCUUGGAAUGCAAUGAUUUCAGGGUAUUUUGAGAACGAUGAGUGUUUGGAAGGGUUGAAAUUGUUUUUCAGGAUGCGUGAGCUUUCAAUUGAUCCUGAUUUGAUGACCAUGACGAGCGUGAUAUCUGCUUGUGAGCUUCUUGGCGAUGAAAGAUUAGGGACACAACUUCACAGUUAUGUCGUGAGAACAGCCUAUGAUGGUAAUAUUUCAGUGUAUAACUCUUUGAUUCAAAUGUACUUGAGUGUUGGGCAUUGGAAAGAAGCAGAAAGCGUUUUUUCAGGAAUGGAAUGCAGAGAUGUCGUGUCAUGGACAACAAUGAUUUCUGGUUGUGUGGAUAAUUUGCUACCUGACAAGGCCUUGGAGACUUAUAAAACCAUGGAGAUAACGGGCACCAUGCCUGAUGAGGUAACAAUAGCCAGUGUUUUAUCUGCUUGUGCUUCAUUAGGGCAAUUAGAUAUGGGCAUGAAGCUUCAUGAGCUUGCUGAGAGGACUGGGCACAUAUUGUAUGUAGUUGUUGCGAACUCACUCAUCGAUAUGUAUUCAAAGUGCAAACGUAUUGAAAAGGCUUUGGAAAUCUUCCAUCAAAUUCCUGACAAGGAUGUGAUUUCCUGGACUUCAGUAAUUAAUGGGCUUCGGAUUAACAAUCGGUGUUUUGAGGCUUUGAUAUUCUUUCGGAAAAUGAUAUUGAAGUCAAAACCAAAUUCUGUAACAUUGAUUUCUGCCCUCUCUGCAUGUGCUAGAGUAGGAGCUUUGAUGUGCGGAAAAGAGAUUCAUGCCCAUGCAUUAAAGGCUGGAGUGGGUUUCGAUGGAUUUCUACCCAAUGCAAUUUUGGACUUGUAUGUCAGAUGUGGAAGGAUGAGAACUGCAUUAAACCAGUUUAACUUGAAUGAAAAAGAUGUCGGGGCUUGGAAUAUUUUGCUCACAGGAUAUGCUCAGAAAGGGAAAGGGGCUAUGGUCAUGGAGUUAUUCAAAAGGAUGGUGGAAUCUGAAAUAAAUCCUGAUGAUGUUACAUUCAUUUCUCUACUAUGUGCUUGCAGUAGAUCUGGAAUGGUAACUGAAGGUUUGGAGUACUUCCAGAGAAUGAAAGUCAAUUAUCAUAUCACCCCGAAUUUGAAACACUAUGCCUGUGUGGUUGAUUUACUUGGCCGUGCAGGGAAAUUGAACGAAGCUCAUGAAUUUAUAGAGAGAAUGCCUAUAAAGCCAGACCCAGCAAUUUGGGGAGCCUUAUUAAAUGCCUGUAGGAUCCACCGGCAGGUUCUGCUAGGGGAGCUUGCUGCUCAGCACAUUUUCAAGCAGGAUGCUGAAAGUAUUGGGUAUUAUAUUCUCUUGUGUAAUCUCUAUGCUGACAGUGGUAAAUGGGAUGAAGUUGCAAAAGUUAGAAGGACAAUGAAAGAGGAAGGGCUAAUCGUUGAUCCUGGGUGUAGUUGGGUGGAAGUAAAGGGAAAAGUUCACGCUUUCCUUAGUGGUGAUAAUUUCCACCCUCAAAUGCAGGAAAUAAAUGUUGUUUUGGAGGGAUUUUAUGAGAAAAUGAAGACAUCUGGUUUCAAUGGUCAAGAAUGCAGUUCAAUGGAUGGAAUUCAAACUUCAAAAGCUGACAUAUUUUGUGGGCACAGUGAGAGACAGGCCAUUGCUUACAGCCUAAUCAACUCUGCUCCUGGGAUGCCUAUAUGGGUAACAAAGAAUCUAUAUAUGUGCCAAAGCUGUCAUAGUACUGUCAAAUUCAUCUCCAAGAUAGUUCGCAGAGAGAUUUCUGUUAGGGAUACUGAGCAGUUUCAUCAUUUCAAGGAUGGUUUGUGCUCUUGUGGCGAUGAAGGUUACUGGUAAAGAAAUGACAAGAAAGCUUAAGAAACUUGAAUGAGUUGUCCAUUUCAUCUUCAAGAUAGUUUACAGAGAGAUUUCCAUCAGGGAUACAGAGCUGUUCAAAUUGUAGUCAGAUACUGGAAAGGCAACCUCAAUGUCGUGCAGGACGACUUAUAAUUUGGCUAUGGAACAUUAUUGAGAUCCAUAUAACCAAAGUGUAUAUGUGCUUAGAAGAUAGCUAGACCAUGAUAAUUUUCACACACAAGUGCUAAACACAGAUUGUAUCAUGUAUGUGAGGUAUGAUCUCAUUUGUCUGCUUAUAAUGUAUGAAAAUGGCAUUGAUGCCCUAUAAUUUUGAUA